UGCACAGCACUACUUACGUUAAACCGUUUUUAUUACAAAACUAUUUUUGUACUUCGUUGUAGCGUAACGAAUUUAUUCAGGCUAAUGAAAAAUAAACAAUUGACUUCUAACGUACAAACGUGACAAUUUCCAGAUUAAAAUAAUUAAUAUUAUUGUACAUAUUAUAGUCUGAAGUUCGGCAAAAAAAUGAGUCUUGACGGUGAUCGAAGCACGGACGAAUAUAUCGUCACGGCCCUACAGAUCUUUCAUUAUUGCGGUGCCAAUAGUACUAAUACUUUACGGGUUGAUGAUUUAAUUGACAAAUUCGCGCCUUUUGUCAAAACAAAUAAGGCUGAGUAUAGUUAUCUCCGAUCUCUAUUGGACCCGGAUCAGAGCAAUCCUGAGAUAACAGUUUCAAUGCUGGCAUCAACACUGAACAAGUAUAGCGAAAACCAAAAAAUCAAAGUUGACUUGGACGAGAGUUUCAAUCUGAAGAGUGAACAGGGCCCACAUGAUUCAGAUUCUGGUAUAUCUACAGAUGGAUUCCAAUUGCUAGAAGAGUUGCAAUGCGAGUUGCGCGAGAAGUCCCACCUGGCUCACCAGCUGCGCACGCAACUCGAGUACUCGGACCGCCACCACGAGGAGGCGCUGGCGGCGCUCAGCGCGGAGCGGGAUACGCUGAGGGCACACCUCAAUAUGCUACGCGACGAGUCGUCGGCGCUGGGCGCGGUGCGGCGCGACUACGAGGAGGCGUGCGAGCGGCUGUGCGGCGCCGAGCGCGCGCUGGGCGACGCGCGCCGCGACCUGGACGCCGCGCGCCGCGCCGCGCGCGUGCUCACCGAGCAGGUCGCGCUGCUGGAGACCGAGAAACUGACCCUCCAAGAAUUGUUAUCUAAAUCUAAAGAAGAAUGUCAUCGUAUCAACGACAUGUACGCGUCUCGGCAGUCCACGCUAUUAGUAGAAAAUGAAACACUAAGGACGGAGCAUGCUCACCUAACGGCUCGUCUGCAGGACCAGGAUGAGUUUAUGCAACACAUAAUAAAAGAAAAAGAUCUUCUCGAAAUGGAACUAAAAGAUCUGCUGAAUAAAUCCAAUCAAACACACUUGCGCUUGGAUCGCUCGAUCGACGUCAGCUACACGGAGGACCAGAUGUUAACAGCGCUGGACACUCUUAGCGCUGAUAGCAGAUUUACACAAGAAGGCCGUUUGCUGGAUGAAGAAUCGUUUGUAAAGGCUCUCAGAGAAGACCAAGGUCGGGUUACGAAUAUGUCCCUCUUCGAUGAAAUACGAUUAAGUUUCUGUAACAUGUCCAGACAUAAUCUCACAGAUCUCAACUCUACCCAGCCCUCUGAUAAGCAAUCUGAACACGACAACUCCCUUAUAACAGCCGCUACCCAAACAGAAAAUGAACUUUAUUCACUAGAUAAAAAGGACGAUAUUUGUAUUUGUAAACGUGAAACUUAUGACGAUUAUAAACCGUUAAGGAAUAGUACAACGCAAACUGAUGAAAGAGAAUGUUAUUCGUAUAAUAAAGACGAUAUUUGUUCAAACGAUGAUAACAUUAAAUGUCGAAUAAAUUAUGACGUUUCAUUCAAUACAUCGUCUUGUCAAACUAUAGAUUUUCCGUUAAGUGAACCUUAUGCCUAUAUACAUAAGAAACAAUAUAAAAAUAUCGAGACACAAGACAAAAUGACGAACACAAGUUGUCAAUUAUUAGAAGUGUUCAAAGACAUAGAGGUGAUGAAUUUCGGUACACAGACGGAUGCAAUUGAAAUUCAACCUUAUGUUAAUAACAAUAACGAUCCAGUUUGCAUUGAAUGUCACAAGUGCGUUGAGUGCGACAGAUUAAAUAAAUAUAUUACUAAAUUGGAAAGGGAAUUGAAACACGCGCACUAUACAGCAGAGGAAAUGCAAAUCGAAUUCGACAAAUAUGAAAUUAAUUUAAACAGGCUGAAGCGAUAUGUAGACGACGGGCAUGAGGAUAAUCGGCAUUUGAAGACGGUUGUAGAUAGUCUAAGAGCCAAGCUCGAUACACUAGAAGGCACGCGCGCAGGUCAGGGAGAUAAGAUGAACAACUCAAUGGGAAUUCAGACUGAAAGUGAGCAAUCCUCCGUGUCCACCCAGGCUGAUAUACCUUGCACCGACUGUACAUCACGGGUCAUUCCACAUCGCGGUCUCGGGAGAUAUUUUUGGGAGCCGCUGAGGUGCGCGUUCCAGCUGCUGGCGGCGCUGUGCUUCGUGUGCGCGCUGUGCGCGCUGUGCGGCGUGUCGCGCGCGCGCCGCGCGUGCCGCGAGCCGCUGCCGUGGCGCUGGCUGCAGCCGCACGACCUGCUCGACCUGCUGCUGUCCGUGGAGUACGUGGCCGACGUGCCCAUGUAGCGGACGUGCUUAGCUUCAAGCGCUCGCGUCGGCCGCCCUCGUGUUCUCGUCGCGUCUGUCGAUCGUUGUAGUAUACGACUGUGAAUGCCACUUUCGUUUAAAAUACGUGCUGAAAUAAUAUUGAGCAUCAUAAACUUUAUUGUAAUUAGUUUGAUACUUAUUGAAAUAUCCCCUAUAAAAGUCGUAUGUGGGUUGUAAAGUUACGCAGUACGUUGUCUUCUUCCUUUAAAUGACAAAUAACCAAUGGUAGACAGAGAUAAAUCGGUGCUCAACUAUCGACUCACGUAUUGUAGAGCCGCUAAACCACGCCUCUGCUUCGCUUUGCUUCGAGGUCAGCGAUUCGAUUGAUAUCGAUAAAUGGAUAGUAAAAAGUUUUUUAGAAACAAAAUUGUAUAUAAAAAUUUCGGUGUCUAUGCUAUUGUAUGUAUUGUCAUCGAAACUGAACAAAAAUGUAAAAUUUUAACGCCAUAGAAUAAGAAGAAGUGGUUCUGAAUUUGACCUAAACAAACUAAUAAACAUUGCAAGUAAAAUAAAUGCUAGUAGAAAUACCCAUACCAAAAUCAAAAUAUAUACACAGAUUUUUUUAAUAUUUAAAACAAUAUUAUCUGAAAUACUUUUUAAUGUUCUAUAUUAUAAAAAAUAUUGUCUAAAUGUUCAUGACAAUAUACACUAAUAAUAAAUAUUAUAUAAUUUUUCUUGAUAAAUACAAACUAAUUUAUAAUGAUUGCUAUAAACUUGACAGUAUUUUGACAGGAAAUAUAUUUGGAUCAUCCAAAGAGAUAUGGAGCAACAACUCCAAAAUAUAGACCAAUCUUUAGAAAGAGACAAAGCUUUGUAGCCCAUUUUCUUAUAUCGACCUGUAAUGAGAAUAACUCCAACAACCAGUAGCCGAAACAUAGCUUUGUCUCUCUCACACUUGUCGCUCUUAUUUGAUUCAAAGGUUAUUACUAUCUCAAUAAAGUGUCGAAUAUACUAGGGAAAAUUUUGUCCCGCAACAUGAUACUGCAACUUUGAACAAUAUCCUGCAACAUUUUACGUGACGCAAAACAUGUUGCUUGCUUCCGCUCCGAAUGCGAGCGCUUGUGUCCCGCGUCAUUGUCCCGUUAAUUCUUACCGAGAGUGAUCGUGUACGCAACGUGCUUCUAUGUUUCAAAAUUGCGUACGUUCCAUCACUCCUGAAAUAAUUAUGUACACAGUACUAAUCGCCAAAAUAUCCUCGAACGACAUUUUUUUUUAUAUACUGACUAGUGUAGCAUACAGUCAUCUCGGGGAAUUCCACGUAGUUGCAGGUCCCAUAGCAAGUUGCUCUCAUUGUUCCCUAGUGUAACCGUGGCUUUAAUAACUAUGGAAUCAUUUUACUAUUCCAAAUCGUAUAAUUUAGUUCAUUUCUGAAUGAUUCUUUCUAACACACUUCAUUUAUCGUUUUGAUUUUUUGUGUCUACUGAAAAGAAUUAUCCUUUUUAACAAUUUGUAUUUAAUUUCUAAUAAAAACAUUUUAAUACUUCAUAUAAAUGUACAUAUCAUCCUAUGCAUAAUGUAUCUGUUGUCUGUCUGUUAGUCUGUUACGGUGUACGAUUAUAAUAUUUAUUGACAUUGUUAGUACAUUGUUUAUUUACAUCACAAGAUUAUAAUCUGUAAUAUUGUCUUUACUUGCCUAAUGUAAUGAACAUGCAAAAUAACUUUUCAUUAAUAUUAUAAUAUAUUUUUUAAUAUUAGCAUUUAAAUGAUGAUAUCUAUUAUUUGUUAAAUAUUAACAUUUUCUAUUAAUAUAACAUGUCUUCCCAGUUUCUUAAUACUGUUUUAUAAUUUUAUUACUUUUAUUGUUUGGAUAAAAUAACAUUUUAAUUUAACAUAUUCAGUCUCCAGUGCCUAAACAGUUUUCGUACAUUAUAUGUGUCAUAUAUUCACCAAUCUACUAUAUGUUUGUAUGUAACCGAACUCCUCCUAAACAGAUGGAAUUUUAGUGCAAAUUUUUGAGUGUGUCUCUAGAUGGUUUAAAUUGAAACCGGUAGGUGGCGCCGUGAUUUGGAAGUUAAUAGAACUCUCCUGGUGAAAUAUCACCCGGACGAAGUCGGGCAGCUAUUUUAUGUACGAAAAAUGAUAGUAUAUAUAUGUUUGAGAUUAGUAUACUUCGACACUGUUUGACUUAUCACAAUGACAGUUGGCACCUAAAAAAUUUAUGUAUUUAUAGUUUAUAUUUCGCCGCUAGAUGGCGCUGUAGUACACACAUCUGUAUCGUAAAACACAUCGCAAUGACCAUUAGUUAAAUAUACAUGCAGGACAAUGUUUGCCUUGUUUGCAGGACAAUGUUUUUUUAGUAUUUAAUAAAUAUGCAGUAAAUCUAAUAUAGAGCAUCCAAAAAUCAUUCAAUUUGAUACGAAAAAUUUUGGCUAAUCUCACUAUUGCUGUUUUUGUUUUUAUUCUACUUUACUAAAGAAUGUUAUUAAAUACCAUUUUCUCUUCAAAAGAUCACUAAGGAUAACAGGAGUGGAUUGAACAUGAAUGAUAUUAAACUAUUAAUUGUUGCGUAAUAUUUGAUUGUCAAACAGAUAAAAUUAAGCAUAAAAAAUUUAUAUCAACUGAGAAAUAUAUGACUGUAUAAUCACAUGUUUGCCUAAUGACAUUAAAAUUAAUCCUGUGAUAAAUAGUGCCAGUUUAAAGUAGGAUAGGAUGGUGAAGUGUGCAUUGUUGUUAACUAAUGUAAAAAUUAGCAUAAGUCAUAAAUUUUAAUGUAUAUUCCACCAAAAACUAAUUUUAUCUUUUUUUUUUAAAGCAAUUUAUGUUAGUUAAUACGAGUUCUUAUAUCUAUGAAUGUUGAAAAAAUAUAUUU